UAAUUUAGGUAGCCUAACGUUAAUCAUCUCACGUCGCAAGUAUCAAACAACACAGCUUGUUAUUUUUAAGAACAUGUGUCAGGACACAGGCAGCUAGCGGAUGGUGAGGUGAUGUUUGCUUUCAUCUUCUGCUGACUGUUUAACUGAGGCUGACAUGAUGGAGAAUGUCGGAAACAUUGUGGAUGAGUCUUUUCCCAGCCUUCUCUCAAAUAGUGCCAGUGACCAGUCCUCCUUGGAGAAUCUGACACUCGGCCCGACUUUAGGGAUACCUGUUGCUGCCUCCACUGUUGCUAAAAUAAGAGCGAACAGAAUAAUAGAUACUCAAGCAUCAUACCUAGAAGAUGAUAAAUUCUUUCUUGAACAGACUCUGAGCUCUGAGGAGAAGCAAAGAUUUUCCCUAAGCUUUAAGGAUGACUUAGGUGAUGCAGAGAACUUCUUUGCUGAUAACUGUUUCUCAGAUAUGCUGGUAAAAGUCAAUCUUGAAGAAUCCAAAUCAAAAUCUGAAAUUUCCAACACCGGACUGUCAGAUGAGUAUAUUGAUGCUGUUCACCUUCAAGAUGAGCUGAAACUGUACUUUGACACGGUUGUGCCCUCAGCUAUGCAGAGAGGACCAGUAGAUGGCCUGGACAUCUCAACAGAAGGGGAGAGCAAGCGAUUAAACUUCAGGCCUGGAUUAGAAGGCGGAGAGAGUAAUGUGCCAGCACUUAAGAGCUUGGAAAGUGAACACAGACACUGCGACGAGGACCAGGCCGUCACACCACCAGUCACAGGUGCUUCUGACAGACCUUCUACCAACAAUGAGAUGAGGGUUCUAGACAUUGUGGAUGGCAUGGGCGCAGACAGCAAUGAUCACCAUUCUUCUGCUUUUUUGCCCACAGCUAGUAUACCUGAGGAUAGUGCAAGACCUCUCCAUCACUUAAAUCCCUUUAAGGAUCCUAGGGACAGCACAGCCUUUAUGUCAAACACAAACCAGAGUGGUCACCACCUCUCUAAGGUACUUCAGAACACGCAUGUGGUCGAUGAACUAUCGGACAGACAGGAGAACCCCAAUAAGGCCUCUGGGUUGUCCUGUGUACUUGAACCUUUACAAGGAAGUAAGGAGGAUUUUGAAGGUCCCUCAUUGGAUCCCAAAUAUCUCUCUCAAAGCUUUCAUGAUGAGGAGGCUGGAAGUUGGAGCCACUUCCCUGAGGAUAUGGACUUUCACCAAGGUGAAAGUGAAAAACAGAGUGUUGUGUACCAGAAUGAAGAGGGAAAAUGGGUGACCGAUUUGGCCUACUACUCCUCAUUUCAGAAGGAGUUAGAAAGCAAUCUGUCUAAGGAACUAAGCAGCCAGUUUCAAAAGGAAGACUUUGUCUCUGGCAGUGAUGUCAUUGAAAAAAUCACAGAGGACCAAGAAGUGUUUGAGAAAGAAAACAGAUUCAUUCAGGAGGAACAAAUGGAGGCUAAUGGCAGUUUGGGUAUGGGAGAUUCUUCAUGGAAGCUGCCAACAAGUAGUCAUAUUCUCAUGAGGGCUUCCCAAAUUUCUUCUGACUUUGAGAGGGGAAAUCAUAGUUAUCUGCGGUUGUCUUUGGGGGAGUUCUUCCAGCAGAGAUCAGAAGCCCUAGGCUGCCUUGGAUAUGAAGAGGACACUGUUAAACGGCCCUCAUUUGGUUACAUCAUAACAUCUCCAGAGAAGAGGGAACCCUUUGCUCUAAUCCGACCUUCAGACUUUUCCUCUAGGGGUAGCUCUUUCCACAGUGAAACUAUUCCUCUCAGUGAUGCAGAUGAACCAAUGAAUGCAGAAGACUUGGAGAAAACCCUGGAGGACAAUGUUGACAGAACCAUAACCAAUAUUGAUGUCCAAUCUGCACUAACGGACAUGGACAAUUUAAAGGGUUUGAAUAACACUGUCAUGCUGGGAAAGGAUUGCAAUAUUAAGGAGACCACAGUUUUGGGAACAGACUUGCCCAAGACCCCUACUGAUGUACAGCUAAGCAUUAGCACAAUUGCUUCUGCAAUUGCAAAUGCCUCCCUCAAUUCUGAUCCAGCCCAGCUUGCUGCUAUGAUUAUUGAGCUGUCCCAGAAGAGCCACUUCAAAGUUAAACAGACAACAAAUGACGACCAAGAUGCCAGCAUUUUACCUCAUCCCAGCAGCAGGACUGCAGCAGCCCAGGCAAAUAUUGUAGGUAAUAUUAGUACAUUUGAUAUGGAGAAAUACCUGAAGAGAGUUGAACUUUCAGCCAGUGACAGCGAUGUAUAUAGUUCCCAGUUCUGUGUCGACAUUCUUGGUUUGACUGAUGGCCAGGAUGUCUCCCAUCGGAUAGUUGAACCUCCUUUUGAAAAUAAUCUAGAAGCUGGGACUAGGAAUUCUACUGAGGCUGAACACCUGUUCAAUGAGCGGACUAGAUCAUGUUCUUCAAGGAUUUUAUCUACAUCAUCUGAUGGGACAGAAGAAAGCCCUUAUAAUCUGACAACCUUUCAGUCGAAUGGAAGGAAAGUUGUUACUUCUCAUCCUAAGAACUUACCAACUGCAUUGAAAAUGUCAAGUUCCUUGAAUUGUAACUUGCCAAACACUAGAGAGGCCCCUCUCAAAUCUAAACUUUUGGCAGAAUGCAAACCAGGAUCGGGCAAAUCAGAGGUAGCUAAAGACCCUGCUACAGACAGGAGCAAGAAUGAUGCUACUGUGAAACUCCAAGAAGUUUGCUCACAUGUCUGCAGCACUCCAGCUUCGGACACUCAGGAUUCUGUAGAAGCAGAUGCAUUGAAGUCCUCUCCUGAGCACAACGCUCCAACGCAUGCACAGUCUUCCUUUAGGCCCUCCACUUCUCCUCUGACCCAUUCAAGCCCUAGCCAGACCUCUAUCCUCACCAAAGAGGGAGUUUCGUCAUAUGAGUCAUCAGAGGACCUCAUGAAGACCUGCCCCAGAAAUCCUCCCUUUCCAGAGCUACACAUUUCCAACCUCAGUAUGAGCCGUCUUACUUACCUUUCCAUCAAUGAUGGUCAUGGUACUCCAGAUCAAAAGAAAAACACCAGUAUGGAACUGAGCACCACCAUCAUUAGGGCCAGCCCAACCCCUGAGGAAGAGGAAGUGAAAUUGAGAAAAGACUGGGCAGGUGUUUUUCAAGACUCUUCUGGAAACAUUCUUGAGCCGUCUAUGAGCCCGAAUCACACUCAGUUCAAAGCUUCUGAUCCUACUCAACAGAUCUAUGGUCUGGGAGCACACAGUCAGAAUAGCUGUAAUUUCCAUCAAUGGACUAAAGACUUUCCACCAGACAGUAGGCCAACCAAGAACUGCUCCGAGAUUCGCCACUGUGCAUAUGUUGGUGAUUCAGGCUACACCAGUAACCUCAACAUCCAACACCAGCAAGGAGGUAUCACUGGCACAGAUCCGAGAUCCAUUGUCUCCCAGCAUUGGCAUGGUAUUUCUGGCCAUGGUAUGCAGUCUGCCCCUACAUCUUCUGCCUACAUGACCUCUGAUCUGCGGUAUGCUCCUCCCAUUUCUAACUAUACUUCCCAUGUUGCGUUGUUGGAUGUCCCACGAACUGCGCCCGUUCCGCUUUCAAGAGGUGCUGUCUUCAGUACUCACUCAACGCAACAAUAUUUGGAUGGAGAGGUGCCCCCACACAUGUCUAUUCAUUUAGGUGGAGGGCAUAGUACUGUCUAUCCCAUAUUACCUGCCCUACCUGGUGGGUAUGCCCAAAUUCAGAACCCACACCAGUGUUUCAGCAAAUCUUACAGCCAGCAAGGUAUUACACAGUGGGUACCCAUAGACUUCACAGAUCUUGAAGCCUCCGUGGUUGUGCCUGAUGAACUUAAAUUCCCCAGUCCUUGCUGUGUGGGAAUUGCCUCACAGAUACCCCUUAGCAUAUUCAACCCCACGGAUCGUUGGCUGCAGGUCAGCAUCUCCAUUUCCAGUCUGUCUAUUGAUGGCGAGCAGGUGGAUUUGAUUCCUUACCAGUGGAUAGUUGUGAAGAAUAAGACUGUUGUUUGCCCAAAGAGUACUGAAGAGCAAACGGUCUUGUUCAUUGCACCGCAACCUGGUGUGUACCAGUGCACACUUAAUGUGCAAUCGUGGCCAGCCUCAGCUGAGCCAGAGACUGUGACUAGAGCCAAGUUGUUUUCCAAGCGCAUAUUAUUUGGUGCCGUGGCAGAGAAUCCUGCUGUAGAGGCAGAAGUAGGUAAAUCAGGUUGUCUGGACUUUGGAGACCUCCCAGCUGGCAGCUCCAAAGCCCUUCCUCUGAGACUUAUCAAUAGAACCCAUGCUGUAAUUCCCAUUCGUCUGUUCAUGAGUGCUAAUGCUACUUCUUGGCGCUGCUUCACCUUCUCCAAGAGUUCAGUUGUUGAGGAAGUAGUGCAUCCAGCAGCUAAUAGGACUGCUCCAUCUGUUGUCAAUUAUGUGCUACAUGCUAGCAAUGGAGAUAAUCCUGGGGUUUUUAUGAUAUGGGUCCAUUUUCAUGCACCACAGAAGUACAUGUCCACCACAGGAGAAUUGGGGCCUGCUGAUGAAUUAACAGCACGUAUUGAUAUUGAAGUGGACAGCCCUGGACCUAGUCGUGUGAUCCAAAGUGUUGGGCUCAAGGCACGGUCAGGAACAGCUCGAGUGCAUGCCCCAAGACAUUUACAGACAGUUAGUCUUCAGGCACCAUUUGGUCAAUCAACUGAACAGACUCUACCUUUGAAAAAUGCAGGCAACAUCAAUGUGCAACUUAGACUAAAGAGCAGUGACAGCAGUGAGUGCUUUUAUGUUAAGCCAAGUGAGCUUAUGUUGCAUGCCGGAGAGGAGCAAGGAAUUGUGGUUUCUUUCACGGCUAAGGAUAAACAAAAAUGCAUUGAGAGUGUGCUCACCAUUCUGGUGCUGCCUUCUGGCCCCCAAUAUGAAGUUAUCUUGAAGGGAGAGGUUCAACCAGAGGGCAAUGGGAAAGUUGUCCAUAAUUCCACCACUGUCUCACAAUGCCAGGUGCCACCAAUUCUCUCCAACAAGCAAUUUAUGGUCUGGGGAGGAGUCACACUUGGCAGGGCCAUGCAGCAGAAGUUGGUACUCCGCAAUAACUCAACCAAUGUGGCUCAACAGCUGCGGUUACUGGUCAGGGGUCAGGACCAAGACUGCUUUCAGCUUCAGAGCUCAUUUGGGCCAGAGGAAAGGCUGAGUCAGCAUAGAGAAUUAACCAUUCGACCCAAGGAAGACAUGGCAGUACAUCUGCUUUACACUCCCACACGUGUGGCAUGCAUGCUGGCAAAACUGGAGAUCAAGCAGUCUUCAGUCAGGCCCUCUCAACCUGGCAUUAAAUUCACUAUCCCAUUGUCAGGGUAUGGUGGCACCAGUAAUGUUAUUCUGGAAGACCUGGAGAAAUAUUCUGAAGGCUACAUGGCCUCACUGACCGGAGUUAAAGUCGGUAGUGUCAGUAAACUGUGUCUGUGUGUGCGCAACACUGGUUCCCGAGCUGCUUAUGUCAAAGCUGUGAUCUACACUGACCUGCAGAAAUCAGAGCUGGCUGAGACCACAGUCUUCAGCCUGGCACCUUCACAAUUUGUUCUGAAGGAACGGACAAAAGAGGUGAUCACUGUGCUUCUGAAGACCUCUCCACGGGAACAGGCCCUUUGCCAGUCAAGAGCUGCACUUCUUGCCACUGUUUGCCUCUUCUGUGGGGAUGAGAUCUCACGACAGCAAUAUAGAAGGUUCAGAACAAGCAAGCCUCUUACUGGUCAGAAGGUACUCUCUGAUGAUUCAUUACUGAAGAAUGUCCCCUUUGAUGAGACUUUCCUGGGUGAAGAUGAAGUCCAUGAAGUGUUUGACCUGCCCCAGAGGCCCAGUGAUGCACAGAUCUUCUUCAACAACAUGAAUAAGGUCUUGCUUUCCUUGUUGGGAACCACAGAUACUGCAGGCUUGGAUGACCAUCUGGAAUUUCUGCAUACAUCACAACGUAAUGGAUCGGAGUUGGAUGGUGGUUUUGGACCCUCAGAUCAAGCCAGCCAUGUGUCGCUGGAUGUCCUCCCUGUGAAGGGCCCUCCCCUUGUAGCUAAGGAGGCCUUUCAAAACCCCUCAGAUGAAUAUUGUGGUUCCUGGAGAGUUAAACCUGAGCAGGUGGUUUUGAGAGCCCCUACAAUUGGUGGUGUAGCUGACAUUUGCCAAGUCCAAAUUGUGAAUAACUCAGGAUGUGAGCUGAGUUUUGAGUUGUCUUGGCCAGCACAUUGUUUGACCAUCACCCCUCAAAAUGGAGUCAUCGAACCAGAGAGCCAUAUGCAGAUUCACAUAAGCCCCAACCCAUCCUUGAUCUCAAAGCCACUGCAGCUGCCCUGGAAUGGGCAUGUUUAUGUCUUGUGUGACGGUCAGCAAAAGUUUGUGAAGGUGCAAAUCCAACAGAACAUGACCAAGGAUGUGGUGAUGUCUGGUGUAUCGGACAAGUCUGUCUUGCCCCUAGUGCCACAGGCAGAAAUUCCAUCUUUGCCCACAGCCAAAAUCCAGCCAAGGGGCGACAUAAUUUCUCAAAUUGAGAUUAUAAACCGCAUUUUGGUCUUUCCCAUCACACCUUGUGGGGAAAGCACAGAAUGUUCUCUUAAGGUGGAGAACAAAGGAAAAGAAGUGAGAUGGUAUCUAUCAUCUCUUGCCCCACCAUAUGUCAAGGGUGUUGACGGCACCGGAGAUGUUUACCGUGCCACUUACACAGCAUUUCGAUGCCCUAAAGUCUCUGGCAUACUGGGGACACAGGGAAACAUACAGGUGCCCUUCACCUUUCUUCCACGGGAUGAAGGAGAUUAUGCCCAGUUCUGGGAUCUUGAGUGCCACCCAGUGGGUGAGCAAAAGCAAAAGAGCCGUUCGCGUUUCCAGCUCUGUGGCACGGGUGUGAAAAGUAGAGCAAGCACUGGUUUAAAUGAGGGUGAUCCAUCGCUGGCACAACUGGAGACCUCCACCAAGCCAAAGAUGAGACCUGACUCUAAAGCCAAGACUGAGUCAGAGGAGGCACCCAAGAGAGGAGGAGUAUAUGCUCCCCAGGACAUCUACACUUUCCCAGUCACACGAUUGGGCCUGGCUCAUACACUGAAGGUCAACUUUCGCAACAACUCCUUUGACACCCAUGAGCUUACAUUCUGCAGUCCCAGAGCACCAUUCCACAUCAAGCAUUCCAAGUAUUCUUUAAGAUCACAGCAUUACAUCAACCUUCCAGUCCAAUUCAAACCCACCUCUGAAGGAUCCCAUGUUGGCUUCCUUGUUGUUCAAGUGGGCACAUCUGGUGCAAAACUUAGCAUUCAACUUGUGGGUGAAGCAAUUACUUGAUUUAUUUUGCAAGGAUUAUAUCCUUGAAUAAUGUUAUUUAGGAGACUGCUGUAAUCUAGAACACUAAUUUGGAGUAAUAGCAAUAACCGGUCACCGCAUAUUGUCCCGUACAGUUCAGUGACAUUAGUUGUUCCAAAUGUUUCUGGUUAAUGAGAUCAUGAGGGGUCAUACGAAUGUGGAUUUUGUGCAUUUUAUUGAACAUUUGAGAAUAUAUAUAGUGAAAUGGCAUGAAAGAGAUUUUGGUCUUUUAAUUUUGUUGCUUUAUUUGGAACUGUGCUACUACUUUGCAUUAUUGGUUUCCAUCUAUUUAUUGUAAAUCUGUAUUCCCAAUAAAGUGAUUUUUGUUUUUUCUA